GUUUCCCGCGCCAAUGCCACCAAUUUGGUAGUGCUUUCAAUUUGCCCUAAUAACUCUCUCUUCCUUUCCUUCUUGGGCUGUCCCUGUUUCUAUCUCUGUAGUCUGUAAUCACAUAUAACGAUUAAAGGAGGAGGAGGAGAAGGUGAGGGAGAAACAAGAUGUUCUAUUCCCAGACUUUUCUGGCCAGGAAGGGCCCACUUGGGACAGUGUGGUGUGCUGCCCAUCUGCAGCACCGCCUCAAGAAGUCUCACUACGCCUCCACCGAUAUAUCCUCCACCGUUGAUCGCAUCAUGUUCCCAGAAGUUCCCAUCGCGCUGAGAAUGUCAGGCCACCUCCUGUUAGGUGUUGUUCGGAUAUAUGCAAAGAAAGUUGAUUAUCUUUACCAUGAUUGCAAUGUCAUUCUUAUUGGGUUAAGGAAGGACUUUGCUUCCACAGUAGUUAAUUUGCCAGAGAAUGCGACAGCUGCAAAAUUUGAAUCUGUUACUUUGCCCCAAACACUUGACCUUGAUGCCUUGGAUGUGGACUUCGAUGUAUAUCCUGAUGGGUCUCCGGAUAAUCAUACUAGGAGUCAGGACGAAAUAACGCUUCAAGAUCAAAUUCCUACUGGCAGAGAUCCUUAUGUUGUUAUAACUUUGGAUGAGGAUAUCAUGAUGGAUGUAUUACCACCUGAACAAGAUACUAAUUCAGUGGUCAGGCCAAUGGAGGAAGAUGUUCCUCCUUCAUUGACAGUUGAUGGUGAUAUGGGUUCUCCACGUGUCAGCCCCAUUAAUCAGAGGCAAUUACCUACAGAAACUGUUGAUAAUCAAGAUCCAGGUCGAAGUAAUCAUACAGAAGUGCCUAUGGACACUCUUGAUACUCAAGACCCAGGUCUGAGCAGCCAGACGGAGUUACAGACUGAGACUUGGGAUUUUCAAGCUCCUGGUCUGAGCAACCAGACAGAACCACAGACUGAGACUCUGGAUUUUCAGGAUCCUGGGCCUAGCAACCAGACAGAAUUACAGGAUCCUGGUCCAAGCAAUCAGACAGGGUUUCUUAAUUCAGUACUUAAUGAUGGCAAUUUCCCUCCAGAAAUUGAAGUUAUGCGUGAUCCUGUCCAUGGUUUUAAUUCAGAAAACCUUCCCCCAGUGUUUCCAGGUCAUCAAAAUGAUGCAUCUGAAUCAAAUAAAUCUCUAGAUCAAGGUUUGGAUCAGAAGGAAAUUCCUUCUCCAUUUAAGGAAGAUACAUUGCUAUCUCGAGGGCAUUCUUCACCAUUUCAGCAAUGUUCAGAGCCCCCCAAAUCCUCUGCUUCACAAGAGGCACCCGGAAUCUUUGAUACACAUAUUUCAUUUGGUAACAUAUCACCUGAACUUGCCAUACGUUCAACUCCACCUGUUCAGCAGCCAAGACCAAGAAAGAGAAAACAUUUCUUCGAUGAGUUAACGGUGUUAACUAAUAAGUUUAUGAAAAAGGCACUUGAAAAUUCUAGUGAUAUAUUAAGGAAGAGGAGGGAAAUCCCUUCUACUGCUUUGGGCAUUUGGAAGUUGAACAAUGCUUUAAGAAAAGAACGAGUCUUUUAUGAGCCUUUAUUAACUGAUAUAUGCAAUCUUUUAUGUGACGACUGUAUUUCUACAAAACCUCACUUGACUUUUAAAAGGGAAGCUACUCCAGAUCCCAGGAUUGCAACCUCUCCUGCUCCUCCAAUUGAAGUGAUUCAAGAAUCUAGGGAUGAAACUUCUCCUCCUUCAGCUACAGAAGUGAUCCCAGAGCGUAGGAAUGCAACUUCUGCCCCUGCAAGUGAACACAUUCAAGAGCCUACAGGUUUACAAUCUCCUGCACCAGAAGCUGAACCUGAUCCAGAAAUUGAACGUCUUCGACAUCAUGAAGGCCAUGGUGGCAAUAGUGUGUUACCAGAACUCCUGCCUUCUCCAGCCAGAGUUAUGCCUUCUCCGGGAAGAUCAGUGUCUUCUCCUUUUAGAAGAGGUGACUUCACUCCCAAAUCAGCAAAAAGUUUAGGAUCUGAAACAUUACCUUGGGCUGGAGCAAGUACUGGAGCUGAAGUGCUGCCUACACCAGAUGUUGCAGCAUCCACUGGCACUUACACUACUGAGCUGGAAACACCUAGUACAUUUUUCAAGGAACAAUUUGAUAUUGGGCACACUGGACUUUCUGAUAUUCCUGAGUCAAUUAAUACUGCAGAAACAGGGGACCUUUAUUUUCUGGAAGCUGACAAUUCCCCAGCUGGUUCUCUAGCCACUCAAGGCAUUGAUUCACUGUCAGUAAGAACAAGGGCUGUGGCUCAAUAUUUAAAAGGAUAUUCCCCAAUCACCCCAGUAUCAGAAGACCACUUUGGAGAUCUGAGUCUCAACAAGAUUUUACAAGGAAAAACAAGAAAGUUAUGUGCUCGGAUGUUCUUUGAAAUACUAGUUUUGAAGAGCUACGGACUUAUUGAUGUACAGCAGGAGCAACCUUAUGGUGAUGUUGCUUUGAAGCUGACCUCUAUAUUCUCAAAGGCCCAAAUAUGAGGAUCAUAUAAACUUAUUUGAUGGAUUUGGGAGGCAUUAUGUAUAUAGUUGGGUGCCAAGCAAAAGAUAACUCAGAAAUAGAUAAGAGAAGGGGAACUGUACAGAAGCAGGAUUCUGAAUGUGGAAUUUUUGUGACAGUGACUAGUCCACAUCCAGCAUCAUAAUUAGCAAUGCCUAUCUUCAUAAACCAUUAGGUGGCCUUAAUUUUUUGUAAUUAGCAACUCAGUUAUGGCCAUAACUUAUUGUAAUUAGUGAAUGAUUUAUCAUAUGUUAAUUCAAUCUCUUUGCUGGUAAUGUUGGCUAUAUGCGCAUCUCAAAAUGUUAGAAAUAUGGUUCUGAUACUCAUUUGUGCUUUUAUAUGGUUGGCAAACUUAAAUUUGAUCAAUGUUUGGUGGGAAUAUUGUUUAUCCUAUGUUAGAAUCUAACAGUUUGCUUGCUUUCUUUGCUU